CCUGUGACCUCGCCCUUGACCUGUGACCUAUGCCCUGUGCCUGUGACCCUUGCGUGGCAGCUGGUCAAGACGUGCGAGCUGAGUCCGUCACGCAACUUCGUGAUUGGCUACCACCCCCACGGGGUGAUGUGCAUUGGGGCGUUCAUAAACUUCUGCACCGAGGCAACCGGCUUCGCGCAACUCUUCCCCGGGAUACAUUCCUACGUGGCGACCCUGGCGGGAAACUUCCGAAUUCCACUCUACCGAGAGUAUCUAAUGGCAGGCUGCCUGUGCCCCGUGAGUCGGGGCGCCAUCGACCACCUCCUGUCCCGCGGCCCCCCAGGGAACGCCGUGGUGAUCGUGGUGGGGGGCGCCGCGGAGUCCCUGCAGGGGGGGGCCCUCGGCGACAGCCACCACCGCGUGGUGCUCAAGGGCCGCAAGGGGUUCGUGCGCAUCGCUCUGCAGCAGGGGGCUGACCUGGUUCCCGUGUACUCGUUUGGCGAGGGGGCCACCUUCAAGCAGCUGGUGUUCGCCGAGGGGACGUGGAAGCGCCGAGCCCAGGUGGCCUUCCAGAAGGCCAUGGGGUUCGCGCCGUGCAUCUUCCACGGCAGGGCGGUCCUCAACCCCGACUCGUGGGGGGUCCUGCCGCUCCCCACGCCCAUCCUCACCGUGGUGGGGGAGCCCAUCACGGUCCCCCACAUCCCAGAGCCCACGGCAGAGGAGGUGGACCGCUACCACGCGCUGUACGUGAGCGGCCUGCAGCGGGUGUUCAACGCGCACAAGGUGGCCUACGGCCUCGCCGAGAGUGACAAUCUCAUCAUCCAGUGACACACACACACAGUGACACACACACAGUGACACACACACAGUGACACACACACACACAGUGACACACACAGUGACACACAUAGUGACACACACAGUGACACACACACA